AGAGGGCGUGAGCCGAGGAAGAGGAAGGGAGGACAUUGCGUACUACGCAAUUUGUUUACAUUUUACAACCAAUUGCCCGUCAGUUUACUCGUUGGGAAUUUGAGAUCACUUUAGAGUACCGAGCAACUUGCGUGCUACUUUCUCCAUUCUUGCUACUAUUUUCCUCCAUUUGUUCACAACAUGAAGAUGAUCUGGAGGGGUUUGCAACAUUUUAGACGACCUCAGCAGCUCUUACUUGCUCCCUCCAAGUUGGAGCACAUUCGUCCUGAGUCUACACAGCCUGUCCCGGCAGCUCGGUUGCCGUACAGGGUGCAACUGUGCGCUGGAAAACGCUAUGCCUGGUGUGCAUGUGGGCACAGCAAGAAACAGGUCCAUCUCUCCACAAUUCCUCCUCAACCGGUCAUCCCCUCAAAGAAACCUUUCAAAGUGGAUCUUGUCGGUGGGAAGCGUUACGCUUGGUGCACCUGUGGACACAGCAAGAAACAGCCUUUCUGUGAUGGAGCACACAAAAGCAAAGCCCAGGGCUUGUCCCCACUACACUUUGUCCCGGAAAAAGACGUCACAGUUUGGCUGUGUGGCUGCAAAUACACUAACAACCGUCCAUACUGCGAUGGCACGCACAAGCAGGACUUCAUCGUGUCUGCCCCGCUGCAUGAACAGACCUGAUAGUUCAAAUGGGCCUUGUUCCCAGAAGGACUGUUUGGCUUAACUGUGUCCAACCUCAGUGGCGAUUUAGAACAAUGGCCUGUGGUUGUAAAUUCAGAACAUACUAUACAUAUUUAUGAUUGUGAUAGAAGUGUUAAAAGAACGGUUGUUUUUUUAUUGAAAGCUGACCUUGAGAUAUAGAUGAGUCAAAAUAAAUGUUUUAAGAAAA